GUUGGUAACUAGCUGGGAGAGACGCCAUUAGUUGGUGAAUUUGCAGAGAUUGUCAUCAGUCAGACUCGGAGUUGUCUCACUUUGCGGACGCUUCUCCUACUUAACUGCGGCCGGGUGGUGAUAAAACUGUAAUUGGCUGAAACUGUCGGAACGUCUUUAUCGUUAAACUGCCUCUCUUCUUUGAAAAGUCGGAAGCUGAUGUGAGCUGCGCAGCACUUCAGUUCCGAAGGGGUUAGCAUUAGCCGCGCCUGCUGAGACGCUGAUCUAUCAUAACCGCUUGUUUGGACCGGGUGUUUGUGGAUUUAAACGCCGAGAUGUCUGCCGCGGGGACGGGCAGAACCUACUCAUUCAAGGUGGUGCUGCUCGGCGAGGGCUGUGUGGGGAAGACGUCUCUCGUCCUGAGAUACUGCGAGAAUAAAUUCAACGACAAACACAUCACAACUCUACAGGCGUCCUUCCUAACGAAAAAGCUCAACAUCACAGGGAAGAGAGUCAAUCUUGCCAUCUGGGACACAGCGGGUCAGGAGCGCUUCCAUGCUUUAGGUCCCAUCUACUACAGAGACUCUAAUGGAGCCGUGCUAGUGUAUGACAUCACAGACGAAGACUCCUUCCAGAAGGUAAAGAACUGGGUCAAAGAGUUGAGGAAAAUGUUGGGAAACGAGAUUUGUUUAUGCAUAGUCGGGAACAAAAUAGAUUUGGACAAAGACAGACACGUCUCCGUGGAAGAAGCAGAGAGUUAUGCAGAAUCAGUGGGAGCCAAACACUACCACACAUCAGCCAAGUUGAAUAAAGGCAUUGAGGAGCUCUUCCUGGAUCUGUGUAAAAGAAUGAUGGAGAACGCUCAGGCCGAGGAGAGGUUGAAGGGCAAUGGAGCCAGCCAAUCAGCAUCCAGUAGGCGCGGCGUACAGAUCGUUGAUGACGAACCACAAGCUGCGGCGGCAGGAGGCUGCUGCUCCUCCGGCUAAUGCACAUGCUAACUCAAACGCGCACACACACCACACGCAGACAUCUACCCGUGUUCCUGUUGUCCAUCUUGUCAGUUGAACUGUGUUUUGGUGUGUGGAGACAUGUACCUGGCUCAUUAAUCAUCUUUCUAUCAAACAGACCUGAGACAAGUGAGAAGAAUCAAUUCAUAUUUUCAUAGAAAAGAUCAUGUCUUCGGGUUUCAGCACUUUAAACAUUCGUCAAUCGAGAGGUUGUUGCUCCUGGGUUUUAAGGGUCAGAACGCACAUAUUAUGUAUAAAAAAAAAAGAAGACAAAACACGCAAAAAAAUGUGGACUCAAAUCAUAAAAGUGGGGUAAAAACAAACAUUUCCUUUUUUCUUUUACUUGGUUGAACCUCUGUGCAUACUGUAAGUUUCACACACCAGAAAAAAGUGCAAUAUGUGUGUUGGUUAGACGACUGUACCUAUCUUAAAAGACAGAUCUAUUUUAAAGUUGAUUUGAUGUCAAAGGACUGACAAGAAGCCAAUUGACAAGGUUGUCCACAUUCAAUGCCAAAUCGUCAGCGUGUCCACACGGAACACUGAAAUAACUCGAGCUCAAUUUUAAUAAAUCUCUUUGAAUGCUGUCAGGUGGCUUUGUUUUGCCGGGAAUUGUUUGCUUGCCUUCAUGAUAGGUUAAUAACACCCACAUGGUCAAUAACAUGCAUGUCCCAUUUCUGUAAAUGCUUUUAAAGGUUGUUAAUAAAAGAGUUCAACUAUG